GUCCUGUUAGAGUGACAUUUCAUGACUCCAAUAAUAGUUUUAGCAACUAUGAUAUUAUUACCAUGGUAACCUCCAUUAGCUUGCUGAUCAGUCCACUAUGCAUUACACACCAGAAGGGUGGUGGACCACAGGACGGAUAACUCCUGUAGUUAGUUGAUAUAUGAGCCAAAAUGGAUUAAAUCAGCUUGAUGCUGAAUUUAUCCCAUCAGUAAAUAAUAUCACAUAGUUUAUUGAUGGAACAAAAAUGGCAUCUGAUAGGAAAGUAGAAAUUAUAAAAAAAAGCUUUUGCAUCCUAAAAGCUCCUUGUGUCUUUUUUUAAUUUCUAAAUUCAUCUUAUUUUUUGUUUACAUCUAUAACUUUAGAUGUUUUUUAGCUUUUCACUGUAAUUUUUAUGUAAAACUAUUUACAUCACCUUUGGUUAGUGGGUUCAGGCAACUGAUGAAAAGUCUAUGUUAAUGCGCAUAAUCAGGCAUACAAAUUGUUUGUGUUUACAAACAAAAGGGGAUGAGAGGGGUAAAUAAAAAAAAACAAAUAAACAAAAUUAUAUCGAAAAAAAAAACAGAAACCCCCCAAAAAAAAACAAAAAAAUAUCAAAAUGCAAAACUAAAUUUUUUUUGAAAAGUUAGAAUUUGUUUCUCAAAAAACAAAAUAAUUAUAUUAAAAAUUAUUUUUUUUAAUAAUUUUUUAGAGACUCCACUAAGUUGACCACGCCCACAACAUGGGCGUCCAGCAGGUCACCUGCAGACUUCUUUGUGCUCCACGUUGUCAUUGCGAUUGACUCACAAACACAAAUAUUGAAUGCAGUAGUCUUCCAUAAACUCUCAUCACACCUUCUAUUAAACGGGUGGUCACCCUGGCCUCCUAUUAAAAAAACAAGAUGGCUUUUUUUCCCCUGAAAGUACUUUUGAACCACUUGUACUUCCUUCCAUUCUCCUCUAAUUACAUGAAAGCAUUUGAUCCUUUGAUGACACAGAUAAGAUUAAGCAUUAAUGAACAGGAUUUUUCCCUGCAUCCGAUUUUAGAUGCAUAAUGCCCAUUAACUCCUUUUGAAGCUGCAUUUUACUUCUCUCUUAUCGUACGAAUAAUGCUUGAAUUUUUCCUCUGAUAUCCCUAAUGUUCCUUCCAACUAAUGUGUGUCAUUGUUAAGACUGUCGGCGAGACCUCCUGACAGAGCUGGUGGCGCUAAAUGAGCCCCUAGGAAACCUAAACAGGCAUCUUAUCUCUGUUUUUUCUUCUUUUUUUCCCCCCAGCAGGUCUUUCUGUAGUCGAGCAUCUGCUGCAGCCAUGUUCAGGAACAGCUUGAAGAUGCUGCUGACGGGGGGGAAGGCCAACCGAAAGAGUCGCAGCAGCGAUGGCGGGAGCGAUGACUUGGGAGACCCCCGCUCGCCUGGUCUGGACCCUCAUCUGAGCCACAUUGGCCAAGGUGGCAGCAUAGAUAGUGACUGUGCCUUUGAGGGAGACUACGCCGUGCCCCCGCUCUCCAUGACCGAAGGCAUGCAGCACAUUCGAAUAAUGGAGGGCGUGUCUCGCUCUCUGCCCUCCUCCCCACUGCUCACCCACCAGUCCAUUGGCGUGAGGCUCCAGCCAGUGAAAAAACUCACAGCCCCUCUGCGGAAAGCAAAGUUUGUGGAGAGCCCUCGCAUUCCACAAUCAGAGCUUGGCUCCCCUACAAACACCUCCACCACUGCCAGGAAUCCAGACCUGGACGCAUAUUUCCCUGGGGAGUCAAGCCAGGAGCUGGGCCCCCCUCCAUCGGUGGAUGAGGCUGCCAACACAUUGAUGACGCGGUUGGGUUUCCUUCUGGGAGAUAAAGUGAGCGAGGGGCCAGUUGGUACCCACUACAGCAUGGAGGAACCCGAGGCGAGACAGAGCCAUAACCAGAGGAUUAGCCCCUGCUCAACCCUGACCAGCAGCACUGCCUCCCCACCAGCAGGCAGCCCCUGCUCCACCCUCCCCUCCGCCAUGCCCGGCCAGGCCGGAAACAAGGACUGCGCCUAUGGGUCCGUCACCAGUCCCACCUCCACGCUGGAGAGCAGAGACAGCGGGAUCAUCGCCACCCUUACCAGCUAUUCGGAGAACAUGGAGCGAGGCGGGAAAUAUGGCGAGGGCUUGCGGGGAAAUCUCAAACUCUGGCAGUCCCAGAAAUCAGGCAUGGACUCGUUUCUGUACAGGGUGGAUGAAAACAUGACCGCAUCCACCUACAGCCUCAACAAAAUCCCUGAGCGCAGCCUGGAAAGCAUGUCCUCCCACUCUGCCCACUCCAUCCCUCUGUACCUCAUGCCCCGUCCCAAUUCCGUGGCUGCCACCAGUUCAGCCCACCUGGAGGAUCUGGCAUACCUGGAUGAGCAGAGGCACACACCGCUACGCACCUCGCUGCGCAUGCCAAGGCAGAGCACCACCUGCGGGCCGGGGCGCUCUGGGCAGGACCUGAGAGCUUCUGCAAAUAACACCCAUGCCUGGCAAUCCCAGUCACCAGUGCGUUUUGCACCCUACCGACCUCAAGACAUCGCUCUCAAACCGCUGCUGUUCGAAGUGCCCAGCAUCACCAUGGACUCCGUCUUCACCGGACGCGAGUGGCUCUUCCAGGAGAUCGAUGGUCACCUCAACAGGUCCCACACCAGCACCAGCCAAGGCGUCGUGAUCGUGGGCAACAUCGGCUUCGGCAAGACGGCGAUCAUCUCCCGCCUGGUGGCGCUCAGUUGCCACGGCACCCGCAUGAGGCAGAUCGCCUCCGACAGCCCUCAGGCCUCACCCAAACAUGGAGAGGGGCUCCCUCUCACGCAGCCACAGCCCACGCACGGCACCCUGGGAGGAGGCAGCUGUCCUGGAACCCCCGAGAUGAGGCGGCGUCAGGAAGAGGCCAUGAGGAGGCUGGCAUCUCAGGUGGUGGCGUACCACUACUGCCAGGCGGAUAACGCCUACACCUGCCUGGUGCCGGAGUUUGUGCACAACGUUGCAGCGCUGCUGUGCCGCUCGCCACACCUUUCGGCCUACAGGGAGCAAAUGCUGAAGGAGCCACACCUGCAGAGCACCCUGAGCCUGCGCUCCUGUGUCCAGGACCCCCUGUCCUCCUUCAGGAGGGGCGUCCUGGAGCCUUUGGAUGCACUUUACAAAGAGAGGAAGAUCAGCUCUGAGGAGGACCUCAUCAUCCUCAUCGACGGCCUUAACGAGGCCGAGUUCCACAAGCCAGACUACGGAGACACCAUCGUGUCCUUCCUCACCAAAACAAUUAACAAGUUCCCUCCCUGGCUCAAGCUGGUGGUCACCGUCAGGACCACGUUGCAGGAGAUUACCAACGCGCUGCCGUUUCACCGCAUCUCCCUGGACAGCCUGGAGGAGAACGACGCCAUCGACCAGGACCUGCAGGGCUACAUCCUGCACCGCAUCCACAGCAGUCCGGAGAUCCAGAACAACAUUUCGCUGAACGGCAAGAUGGACAACACCACCUUCGGCAAACUCAGCGGGCACCUCAAAGCUCUGAGCCAGGGGUCCUACCUGUACCUCAAACUCACCUUUGAUCUCAUUGAGAAGGGCUACCUUGUACUCAAGAGCUCCAGCUAUAAGGUGGUUCCGGUAAAUCUGGCGGAGGUGUACCUGCUGCAGUGCAACAUGCGCUUCCCCACGCAGUCGUCGUUCGAGCGGGCUCUUCCGCUCCUCAACGUGGCCUUGGCGUCGCUUCAUCCUCUGACGGACGAGCAGAUUUACCAGUCAAUCAACGCUGGAUCUCUGCAGGGAACACUGGACUGGGAGGACUUCCAACAGCGUGUAGAUAAUCUAUCCGUCUUCCUGGUGAAAAGGAGGGACGGUACCAGGAUGUUUGUCCACCCCUCCUUCAGGGAAUGGCUGAUCUGGAGAGAAGAGGGAGAGAAGACUAAGUUCCUGUGUGAUCCCAGGAACGGACACACCCUGCUGGCUUUCUGGUUUUCUCGACAGCAGAACAAGCUGAACAGACAGCAGACUAUUGAGCUCGGACAUCACAUCCUCAAAGCACAUAUCUUCAAGGGUCUCAGCAAGAAAGUUGGCGUUUCCUCAUCUAUCUUGCAAGGCCUGUGGGUGUCCUACAGCACAGAGGGGCUUUCGGCUGCACUCUCCUCACUCAGAAAUCUCUACACCCCCAACAUCAAGGUGAGCCGGCUUCUGAUGCUUGGUGGAGCCAACGUCAACUAUCGCACGGAGGUGCUGAACAACGCCCCAGUCCUGUGUGUCCACUCCCACCUGGGAUACAUGGACAUGGUGGCCCUCUUGCUGGAGUUUGGCGCCUCCGUCGAUGCUCAGUCUGAAAGCGGGCUAACGCCGCUGAGCUAUGCCGCGGCAGGGGGACACAUGGCCAUUGUGACUGCGCUCUGUCGCAGAAGAGCGAAGGUUAACCACCUGGAUAAGAACGGCCAGUGUGCUCUAGUUCACGCGGCGCUGCGAGGCCACAUGGAAGUAGUGAAGUUCCUCAUCCAGUGCGACUGGAGCGUGGGGUCGCAGCAGCAGCAGUCGCCGCAGAUCCAACAGCAGUCGGCCUUCACUAAGAGUCAGGCAGUGCAGCAGGCUCUCAUCGCAGCAGCCAGCAUGGGGUACACAGAGAUUGUGUCCUACUUGCUGGACCUGCCUGAGAAAGAUGAAGAGGAAGUGGAGCGAGCUCAGAUCAAUAACUUUGACACCCUGUGGGGAGAGACAGCUCUGACGGCGGCCUCAGGACGAGGGAAGCUGGAGGUCUGUCGCCUGCUGCUGGAACAGGGAGCGGCCGUGGCUCAACCCAACAGACGAGGCAUCGUCCCCCUCUUCAGCGCCGUCCGACAGGGACACUGGCAGAUCGUGGACCUCCUGCUUACACACGGAGCAGAUGUCAACCUGGCAGAUAAGCAAGGUCGCACGCCUUUGAUGAUGGCUGCCUCAGAAGGUCAUUUAGGAACUGUUGAGUUUUUGCUUGCUCAGGGAGCUUCUCUGUCUCUGAUGGAUAAGGAGGGCCUGACCGCUCUGAGUUGGGCGUGUCUAAAAGGACAUUUAGACGUCGUCCGCUGCCUGGUGGAAAGCGGCGCCGCCACGGACCACGCUGACAAGAACGGGCGCACACCUCUAGACCUGGCGGCGUUCUACGGUGACUCAGAUGUGGUUCAGUUCUUGGUUGACCACGGGGCCAUGAUAGAGCACGUGGACUACAGUGGGAUGCGUCCUCUGGACAGGGCGGUGGGUUGCCGAAACACAUCGGUGGUGGUUGCUCUGCUCAAGAAAGGAGCCAAGAUAGGAUGUCAGACGCUGCCCAGUCGACCCAGAGGUCCAGCAACGUGGGCCAUGGCCACCUCCAAACCCGACAUCAUGAUUAUCCUGCUCAGCAAGCUCAUCGAGGAGGGGGACAACUUCUACAAGAAGGGGAAGGUGAAGGAGGCAGCUCAACGUUAUCAGUACGCUUUGAAAAAGUUUCCACGGGAAGGCUUCAGUGAGGACCUCAAGACGUUCAGAGAACUCAAAGUGUCCCUCUUCCUCAACCUGUCCCGAUGUCGCAGGAAAAUGAAUGACUUUGGGAUGGCUGAGGAAUUUGCUACCAAGGCACUUGAACUGAAACCAAAAUCCUAUGAGGCAUAUUAUGCCAGGGCCCGUGCCAAACGAAGCAGCAGACAAUUUGCUGAAGCCUUAGAGGACCUGAAUGAAGCCAUAAAACAGUGCCCCAACAACCGAGAAAUCCAGCGUCUGCUCCAGAGGGUGGAGGAGGAAUGUCACCAGCUCAACCAGGAGGACCACCAGCAGCAGGAGCUGGAGCUGGAGCCUCCACCCUCGCCUCCUCCUACGCCUCCCCCGGAAGAGGAGGAUGUCCUGUCAAUGCCUCUUCCACCUCCCCCAGAGCCCCGUCUGGAGGACAUGGAGCCAGUCCAGGACCUGUUCGAGGAUGAGGACUACCUGGAACAGGAGUUGGAGGCCAUGUCGAUUAAUCUGCCCCCACCUGACUCUCACAGCAACUCGUCCAGUCUUCCUGUCAUUCAAAGCCCACCGCUGUCCCCCACGCAUACAGAUCAACUUUACAUGGUUGGAGGCUCGCCAAUGGGCCAGCCCUAUGAGUACCACCCCACCUCCUCCUCCAUGUCCUCCCCGACCCGUGGAACAUACCAAACAACAUCCCCCUCUCUGUCCCCAACACACCAAAAUUCCCACUACCGACAUAGUCCUCCUCACACGUCCCCAGUACACCAGUCGUCUUACCGCUUCAGCCCGCCCCCUAUGGGCACUGGGGGUCAGGGGAUGGACCAUCAAAGCCCACCCCCCUCCCCUUUACGCCGGGCAGCUCAGUACAGAGCCAGUCCGCCACUAGAAAGCGUUUGCAUGUACAGGUCCCAGUCUGGGUCACCUGUACGCUACCAGUCAGAGCAGCUACCCGGGCGACCCAAAUCUCCUCUGUCUAAGAUGAGCAGCCAGCGUUCAUUCCAGCUGACCUCACAGCCUUCUAUAUCUUCCCACCACCACCAAGCUCAAGGUCUGCGCCUCCAGCCUUCAAUCGCCCAAAUAGUCCGCACAAACCAGCCUAGCAACGUGAUGGGUAACAGCAGCUUUGGCGGCCAGUUAGGCCACUCCAUGGGUGGCCGAUACCAAGGAGGUUCGGUUGACGUGGAGAGCCGCCUGGUGUACCAGCCUUCCCUAGAUGGACGGUCUAUGCCCCAAGUCCAGGCCAGUCUCAGCUCUGGGGCCCUCUGUCAGCACGGUGGCCGAGGAGGGGUUAUGGAGUCAAACCUGUUAAAAGACGAGCUACCCCAGCGCCCCUCCUCUGCCUACCGCGCCAGCAGCGGGGGCCCGGGGGGCAUCAGAUACAACCAGACGCCUCAGAUAAGCCGCAGUCAGUCGGCCGCCUACUACCCAGUCUCUGAACACGUGCUGGAGCGGGCCAAUGCCAUGCCGCCCUGCCAGCUGGGCUCUCCUGAGAUCCCCCAUAUGAUGAGACGCCCCGUCAGCGCCAAUACUACAGAGAUGAAGCCGCAUGUACCUACCCCCAGGCCCCUCAUCCAUUCUCAGAGUGUAGGCCUGCGAUUUUCCCCCUCUAGCAACAACAUCUCAACUGGAUCCACAACCAAUUUAGGACCGGGCUUCAGACCUUCCUCCUCCAUUCAGCAGAUGGAGAUUCCCUUGCAGGCCACAUACGAACGCAGCUGUGACGACAUCUCCCCUAUUUCCCCCUCACAGGGCGGUGGGGGGCUGUACCAAGGCGAAAGCACCCGCUCUAGAAACACUCCGUUUAUGGGCAUCAUAGACAAGACCGCACGGACUCAGCAGUACCUUCAUCAGCCCUCUCGGUCCAGGGCUAUGACAUCCAUGGAUUCCGCUAUUAGUCCAACUUCGCCCGGUCAGCUGGUCCAGCAAGGCUCCACCUACAGUCCCCCGCCCUCGUUGGGCAAUAUAGCCUACUACAACAAGACCAACAAUGCCCAAAAUGGUCACCUGUUGGAGGAGGACUACUACUCCCAAACCCCUUCACUGGGCAAGCUGACCAACGGCUCCCGCGGUAGUGGUGAUAUUCUGGAGCGGGUCAGCCAGGUUCCCACCUACCCGGACGUGAAAGUGGCGAGGACUCUGCCCGUUGCACAAGCCUACCAGGACAACAUGUACCGCCAGCUUUCGCGCGACUCCCGAACCCAAGGCCCCACCUCCCCCAUCAAACCAAAGAGACCGUUUGUGGAGUCGAAUGUGUGACGGGCUGUGUGCGAUCGGACGGUUGGACUCGGAGAAGGAGAGCGUGGAAGAAUAUUUAUCUCGACUGCUUAUCCGUGUGCGUGUCAUGGACAAACUCAUUCCAUGGAACUCACGAGGGAAAUUCCAGAGGAACAUGCAGCUGGCUCCAUUUAGUAAACUAGAGAUCAUCCUGGAAAAACGCCAUUGAAGGGAUUAUUUCAUCAUCAUCUUCUGCACACGGGUUCAAUAACAGGAGGGUUCUGGGAUCUCAUUCUCAAUCAAAGACCGUUGCACUUCCAAAACGUGGCAUGGCACAAAGUUCCCACAAGUGACUUUAAUGAAUGGAACUGAAAGAGUACCCAUAAGACUCUACUGUGGACUCGUUUCCAUCUUCUUUUCUUUCAAAGUGUGCUCUUAAUCAAGUUUGCUAUUAGGCGCUAUUCUAUAAAAUACAGUCCUAUCUGUUCAAUACAGUACAUUGCUCAGAAAAUACAAAUGGCUCAUGACUCAAUACCUAUAGAAAAAAAUUACAAUAUUUAUAAAGAAGCUAUAUAUUGUACAUAGAAAUAAAGCAAAACAUAGUUUGCAUUUUAAAUUGACUUUGCCUCUGCUAGUCAUAUGGAUGUGGAAAACCGGCCACUGUAAGGAAGGAAUGAGGAAUUCAACUUUGACGCAUAAUUACCUCUUUUUGUGUCUUUUUAUCGCACGACAUGGCAAUACCCUGUAGAUUUUUUUUUUUUUAAUAAAAGGGCGGACAUUUAUUUUUUCAUUUUUUUUUGCGUUCCAAUCAUCAGCUUUUCAUAUGUUAAAUCUUUCAAAACUCCUAUUUUUUUCUUCUUUUUCAGCAGUUUUCUCGAAUGUUUGAUCGUCUGAAGUCACUCAUUGAUUAAAAACAUACAGUAUGCCACUUAGAUCUGGAAUUAGGACAUUCUGUGAGAAGUUUGUUGCAACCAGGUGCGGAGCUAGAGCUUUUUAUAUGGGGGAGGGGAAUGGGAACAGCAGCUUAGACAGCCAUUACAAAUGAAAGGAUCCUAAACUAUGUAUUUCAAACAGUUUUUAAUUAUUAAUAAUAAUAGUAAAACAGCUAAAGUGUCAUUUCUACUAUUUUAAAAAGCUUGUAUUCGUGAUUUAUUAAAUUUAAUAGUUUAUAGUUCACACCAGACGCAAAGCACCGCGGUCCUCCGCGAUCGGCUUGCUACUUGCAGCGAUUGUUUUGGCGUCUAGUUUAUUUUUUGCGCUAGCCACGAGCGGUCCAUGUCAAUUCUGGCUGAAAUUGACAAAUGCGAUCAAAUUUUUGUAUCCAAACAGACUGUAGAGAUGAAAGUAAACACACAAACACAACACACACAAAAAUAUACAGACACUGAGACGCACGCAGAUCAACAUAGCGGAGGGGUGUGGUUUUGGGUGUUUGAUGAUUGCAAAGAAAAGCUCUAAAAAACCACAGCUGAGCCAAACCGCCGGUCGACCGUCAGAGAAAAAUAUGUGUCUGGUGUGAACUGAAAGUUAAGAAGAUUUCGCGCGCACUCCGCCCACACAUCGCUUCCAGACGUAAUAUUGACUCAACUAUGAGGGGCAAAGGUUUUUGCUUACUCCCUCCCCCACUAUAGCUCCGCCUCUGGUUGUACCCACUAUUUAAAGAAAAGAAAAUAACUGGUGACCCUAAAAAGCAAAAGUUCCUAAACGUAAAAAAACUAAAGCAUAGAAAUAGAUUUAGCAGACGAGUUCUUUAUUUGAUUUUUGACGAGUGGCUUUACGUUUUUCUUCAGCACUGGGAGCUUUUUUCUGAGUAUUCUGUGGUUGCCAAAGCUGUCGAACCGCUCAGACAUAAGGCACACCGUGCCAAAAAGAAGAGAGGAGAGCUGGUUCUCCAUCUUUUUUGGCAUUUUUUGCGAUAUAUUAUUACUUUAUCGUGAGAGACUUAUUUAGCGUAUCCUUGAAGAAGCACACGUACAUUAAGCUGCAAAACCGUAUAUCUAGAUGUCUUUGCCUAAUUUACGACUGGCGAAACCUACCAAAUACAUCAUUUUAACCAAAAGUAGAUCUAAGUUUUUGAUGUAUUUUUUUUAAUUCAAAAUAAUUACUUUAAAACCGACUUUUUAUGUUGUGUUUUUGGUGAAAUAUAAAGUAUCAACGCCUUUAUAUUUUUGUCUAAUGAAACUAUCUGCUAAAUAUUGAACAAUACAGUAUAAACAGGAUGAUAUUAAAGAGUCCAGGUUUGCACAAAUAGCUGUGCUACUCAGAAAAGGAAGGUGCAAUAACUGUCUUUGGGCCUAAGGAUUGUUAACCCUCAUUUAUUUAAGUAACUCUGUGAACAGAAAGCUCUCGCGAGGGGUUUUAGUUUGUUUUUUUCAUCCGUGUCAGAGUUGCUUUUCUUCCUCCUUUGUGGUAGUGAUGGGUAAGAGCUCAGCAGCUGCAAGCAAGCAAAUUCAUACCCCUUUGUUUACAGUUUUCAUCUCUUUAUUUACGUUUAUCCAGUCAUUUCUGCUUCGCUUUUAACUAAGGGUGCACUUUAUGUAUGAAACUUAAUGAUGGCUGAACUGGAAGAAAACGGGUGGGUCAUGUGUCCGAUUGCCGAUGCAUGACUUUCAUAGACACAACGCAGCGAUGGAUUUCCGUACGACCCAAACCAAACUCACUCUAGCACAAGUUACAGAAACUGGCUCAGAUAUUUUUUUUUUUCCUGUCCAGCUCGGGUUUUUUCGAUCUCUUGAGGGGCCAAUCAUGUGUCACGUCAUUAAAAGAAUCAACCAGUCGGAUGCACCAGUUUUGAGCACAUUUGGGAAAAAAAGGACAUUUUAGCAUUUAAAAAAAUCCGUAUUUGGAGUUUGCUUCAUACAGGUGUGGGAUAAUAAUCAUAUUCAAGUUGUUUGUAUAUGUUGGCAACAUUAUGGAGUGUGUGUGAAACAUUUUAUUGGGAUAUAUGAUGAAGAAAAUCUAUAAAAGAGACCGUUUCUCCUGAUCGUCUCCCGCUUGUCCUCACCUGCAGCCGGAGAUGCCCUAUUUAUCUUUACAGAAAUGAAGGUUUAGACUGUAAAAUAUUUAAUUUAAACAGGACUUUCUAAGCAGAUGCUAUCAGAGAGUGUGUGCUUCGGAGCAGUUGUAUAUUAGGUUGCUGUAAAUAGUCCAGUGCAUGCUCUAUUCUUUCCAUGAGCUCAAGCAGAAACUUGUACAGAGGUGUGUCUCUGGUGUGUGCGAUGCAACGUAAUGGGGGGGGGGGGGGUCAGGAUAGGGAGACUUUACUGGAGUUUCCUGAACCGGUCCUUAUCAUUUUCCCCUCAAUCUCACCAGAGGAAAAGGUUUCCUUUCGUUUUAUUUUAAUGUAUUUGCUUGCUGAGCAGAGUUCUCUUGUCUGUAAAUGUGAGCUUUCAGAUCGCUGUGAUAAAAAGUUUCAUUAAAAACAAUAAAAAAAAAACAGAAAAAUG